GUCUAGCUGAGGCGGGGUGUCCGAGAGUCCCCGAGUCCGAGGUCGCAGCGUGCCAGGUGGCCCCGCCACUUCUUGCGCUCACCUCCUGCCCCUCCCACCCAGGCUGGGUUUGGCCACCCCAGCCCGCACCUGGGCCCGCGGUUUCGGUCAGACCCGCCCGCAAACUGGUUUCGAUUAGGGACCGGAGCCGGGCGGGAGGGCGGAGCGGCCAGGAUGCGAGGAGGGGACUAGGGGCGAGCCGCGGAGUGGGGACAGACCGGUGCAGGAGACAAAGAGCGGCCGAGAGAGCAGGGCGCAGCACCGGGACCCGACACGGCGCUGGCGCUGGCGCCGACCCCGGGGGCCGGGACCCCGAAGCUUGGCGGCGUAGAAGGAAGGUAGCAGGUGAGCCGUCCGUGCGGCGGGAGCUCCGGGGAUGCGGACGCCGGUGGUGAUGACGCUGGGCAUGGUGCUCACUCCCUGCGGGCUGCUGCUCAACCUGAUCAGCACGCUGGCCCCCGGCUGGCGACUGGUCAAGGGCUUCCUCGACCAGCCGGUGGACGUGGUGCUGUACCAGGGCCUGUGGGACAUGUGCCGUGAGCAGAGCAGCCGUGAGCGCGAGUGUGGCCAGCCAGACCAGUGGAGCUACUUCGGAGCCCAGCCAGUGCAGGUGGCGCGGGGACUCAUGAUCACGUCGCUGGCCACCACCGUCGUCGGGCUGGUGCUGGCGUCCCUGGGCGUGCGCUGCUGGCAGGAGGAGCCCCAGUUCGUGCUGGCGGGGCUCUCAGGCAUUGUGCUCUUCGCCGCGGGCCUCUUUAGCCUCAUCCCCGUCUCCUGGUACAAUCAUUUCUUGGGGGACCGCGAAGUCCUGCCCGCCCCGCCCCAACCGGUCACAGUAGAGGUUAGCUACAGCCUGGUGCUGGGCUACCUGGGCAGCUGCUUGUUGCUGUUGGGAGGCUUCUCUUUAGCGCUCAGCUUCGCGCCCUGGUGCGAGGAGCGCUGUCGCAGCUGUCGCAAGGCGCCCCCAGCCGGGCCUCGCCGCAGCAGCAUCAGCACAGUCUACGUGGACUGGCCAGAACCAGCACUCACGCCGGCCAUCAAGUACUACAGCGAGGGCCAGCACCGGCCGCCGCCCGCCGAGUACGGAGCCACCAGCAAGCCCAAGGUCGGUUUUCCCAUGCCGCGGCCGCCGCCCAAGGCUUACACCAACCCGGUGGACGUGCUCUACGGGGAGGGAGAAAAGGCCGCCGCCUCCCAGGGCACCUCCUCGCGCAGCACCCGGCCCUGCCACAGCUCUCUGCCCUGCGAUUCUGACCUGUAGACUGCGCUCCCUCCACCUGUCGAUGGAGACUCUGGGCUUGGAGAUGCCCUGCACCAUUCAAUCUUGAAUUGCCAGCUGAGAAGCAAUCUGACUUGGGGUUGGAACCCCGUCACCUUCCUGGAACUAUUUUGAAGGGCGAUCUUCCUUUCCAGUGACGAAACUAGGCUCUUUGGACGUUUAGUUCUGGUUAGGACAGUUUCCUUUCUUUUUGAAUUUCGUGUUCCUUUGCUCAAGGAGAGAAAGGUAGUGUUGGCAUCGUGUUAACCAGGGACAA